GGUCUGUGCCGGGGAGGGAGGCUUCCGGAGCAGCAGACUGCGGCCGGGAGGCGCGGUGGAGGAGGAGGAGGAGGAGGAGAAGGAGCUGGGAUGUCCUGAAUCCGCCCUCUGGUCCCAGGGAGAGGUCUGCUGAUGGGACCUGCUGCAACAUCAUGAGCUUACAAGAUGGCGGCUGCAGCUACGCCAGCAGCGCCAAUUUGGCCUCCAUUACCGGGAGCAUGCGCCGGCGCCUGGAGGACCAGGAGUUCACCCUGCGCGUUUAUCCAGGCGCCCUGGCAGAAGGCACAAUCUACUGCCCCGUCAGCGCUCGCAAGAACACCACCGCUGCUGAAGCCAUCGAGUGCCUCAUCGAGCGAUUGCGUCUGGAUCGAACCAAAUGCUACGUCUUGGCGGAGGUGAAGGAAUUUGGAGGGGAGGAAUGGAUCCUCAAUCCAGGCGACUGCCCUGUGCAGCGCAUGAUGCUGUGGCCAAGAAGUGCUCUGGAGAACCGCAGCGGCCUGGGCAGUGGAGAAGACUAUCGCUUCCUGCUGCGGGAGAAGAACCUGGAUGGAUCUAUUCACUAUGGCGGCAGCCUGCAGAAGUGGCUGCGCGUGACGGAGGAGCGUCGACGCAUGGUGGAACGGGGUUUUCUCCCUCAGCCUUCAGGAAGCGAUCCUCCAUCCGACCUUUGCGCUCUCCCGGAGCUGACGGAGCGCACGCUUUUGGAAAGCCUCCGAGCACGUUUCCGACAGGAGAAAAUCUACACCUACAUUGGGAGUAUUCUUAUUGUGAUUAACCCUUUCCAAUUCUUACCCGUCUAUAACCCUAAAUAUGUCAAAUUGUACGACAACCACACGCUGGGAAAGCUGGAGCCGCACAUUUACGCUGUGGCGGAUGUGGCCUAUCACGCCAUGCUACAGCGGAAGAAGAACCAGUGCAUAGUUAUUUCUGGUGAGAGUGGAUCCGGGAAAACGCAAAGCACCAACUUCUUGAUUCAUCACCUGACGGCUCUAAGCCAGAAAGGCUUUGCCAGUGGGGUGGAGCAAAUCAUCCUGGGAGCAGGACCCGUGCUGGAGGCUUUCGGGAACGCAAAGACGGCUCACAACAACAACUCCAGCCGCUUUGGCAAGUUCAUCCAGGUCAACUAUCAGGAGAGCGGCACUGUCCGAGGAGCCUAUGUGGAGAAGUACCUGCUGGAGAAAUCUCGCCUGGUGUAUCAGGAACAUAAUGAAAGGAACUACCAUGUGUUUUACUAUUUGUUGGCUGGAGCCAGUGAUGAGGAGAGGAAGGCUUUCCACCUGCUCAAACCUGAGGAAUAUCACUACCUCAACCAGAUGACAAAGAAAUUACACAAACUCCACUGGGACAGUUACUAUGAUGGCGAGCCGGACAGCUUCACAGUGGAAGGAGAGGACCUCAAACAUGACUUUGAGCGGCUGCAGCUGGCCAUGGAGAUGGUCGGCUUCCUGCCUGCCACACGCAAACAGAUUUUUUCCCUGCUGUCAGCCAUCCUCCACUUGGGAAACAUCCGUUACAAGAAGAAGGCUUACCGGGACGACUCCGUCGACAUCUGUAACCCAGAGGUCCUGCCCAUCGUGUCAGAGCUGCUCGAGGUAAAAGAGGAAAUGCUGCUCGAAGCCCUGACAACCAGGAAGACGGUGACUGUCGGAGAGAGACUCAUCGUGCCCUACAAACUGGCAGAGGCGGGUUCAGUGAGAGACUCGAUGGCCAAGUCGCUGUACAGCGCAAUGUUUGACUGGAUUGUCUUCAGGACGAACCACGCACUGCUCAACAACAAAGACCUGGAGCACAGCUCAAAGAUUCUGUCUAUAGGAGUCCUGGACAUCUUUGGCUUUGAGGACUAUGAGAACAACAGCUUUGAACAAUUCUGCAUUAACUUCGCCAACGAACGGCUCCAACAUUAUUUCAACCAGCACAUCUUCAAACUGGAACAGGAGGAGUACAGGGCAGAGGGGAUCACCUGGCACAAUAUUGACUACAUCGACAACAGCGGCUGCCUCAACCUCAUCAGCAAGAAACCCACCGCUUUGUUCCAUCUGCUGGACGAGGAGUGCAAUUUUCCUCAAGCCUCCAACCAAACCCUGCUGGAUAAGUUCAAACGUCAGCAUGAAGGCAACAGCUACAUCGAGUUCCCCGCCGUCAUGGAGCCCGCCUUCAUCAUCAGACACUACGCCGGCAAAGUCAAGUACGGCAUCAAGGACUUUCGGGAGAAGAACACUGACCACAUGCGGCCCGACAUCGUGGCUUUGCUGAAAAGCAGCAAGAACGCCUUCAUCUGUGGCCUGAUGGGAAUCGACCCCGUGGCGACCUUCCGUUGGGCUGUGCUGCGGGCUUACUUUAGGGCUCUUGUUGCGUUCAGGGAGGCUGGGAAAAAGCACACCCACAAAAAAACAGGGAAUGAUUCAGCAGUUCCCUGUCCCGUUGCCAAAACUGUCGACAGCUUCAGUUUCCUUCACCACCCGGUUCACCAGAGGAGCCUUGAGAUCCUCCAGAGAUGUAAAGAUGAGAAAUACAGCAUCGCAAGAAAGAAUCCUCGAACGCCUCUGUCAGAUCUUCAAGGCACUAACGCUCUGAACGAGAAAGCCAGCUGGGAUGGCUACAGCAUUGGGUGUAACGGUCGUAGCUCCAGAUUGAGUCACGUUCCUACAUCAGGCAGCCCCGUUCUGGAAGAAGAUGGGAUCUUUUUGAAUUCUGCUAACAGCAAGCUCCUGGAGAGAGCUCAGGGCAUAUUAUUGAGAAACAAAAACUGCAAAAACAAACCAACCCUUCCCAAGAAUUUGUUGAAUGUGAAAUCUCUGCGAUACCUGAGCAGCGUGACGCUCCAUGAUCGCAUCACCAAGUCGCUGCUUCACCUGCACAAGAAGAAAAAACCUCCAAGCAUCAGUGCACAGUUCCAGGCUUCCCUCAACAAGCUGAUGGAGACUCUUGACCAGUCAGAACCGUACUUUGUGAAGUGCAUUCGCUCCAAUGCAGAGAAGCUGCCGCUGCGGUUCAGUGACAGUCUGGUGCUCAGACAGCUGAGGUACACGGGAAUGCUGGAAACCGUCCGGAUCCGCCAGUCGGGAUACAGCAGCAAGUUCACCUUCCAGGAGUUUGUUCGUCACUUUCACGUGCUGAUGCCUCGAGGAACUACUCCAACAAAGUCUGGCAUCAGGGAGUUCUUCAGGCGGAUCCACAUCCCGCCUGCAGCCUAUCAAGUGGGCAACACCAAGGUGUUCCUGCGGGAGGUGGAGCGCCAGCGCCUCCAGACACUCCUGCAUCAGGAGGUGCUGCGGCGGAUCGUCUCGCUCCAACGCCGCUUCCGAGCCGUUCUAGAGAGGAAGCACUUUGUGAACAUGCGGCGAGCGGCUUGCACCAUCCAGAGGUGGUGGCGCCUUUGCCUCCUCAAGCAGUCCAGCAUUGACCAGAGUAUGGAGGAGGGGGCGGCCGUGUGCCUGCAGGCGGCGUGGAGAGGUUACAGGGAGCGCAGGAAGUUCCUGCAGCAGCGCUCCUCCGCCGUCGUCAUCCAGAAGAACUGGAGAAGCUGUCGCCGCCACAGACACUGGGCAGCUACCACCAUUCAGAGGAUCUGGCGAGGGUCCAGAGAAAGGAAGCGAUACCGCCGAAUACUCAGGACAGUCACUCAGCUGCAAGCGACCUGCAGAGGCUACCUGGCUCGACUCAGGCUUAAAAGUUUAAAGCAACAGCAUGAAAGAGUCUGCAGACAGCCAGGUCUGCCCCCUGCAGAGCAGGACGCUGGCACUUUAGGAGACCGCAGCAGGUGUGCUUCCACGGAACCAUCUGCAGAGGCCGAGUCUGCCAUGUCCGUCUCUGCUGAGGCAGAAAAGGAUGAAGACUCUGAGCGAAGCCGGAGCACGGAUGAAAGCAGCCACAAGAACCGGUCAAAGCGAGAGAGCCGGCGAAUGAGAGAGCUGGAGCAGGCCCAGUUUAGUUUGGAGCUCCUCAAAGUCCGGACCACCAGCGUGGGGGGUUCACUCCCCGAAGGAGUCCAAGACGAAGCAGACGAGCAUCACGGACCUUCACCGCACGGAUCACCGGCUAGUCACGGCAGUUUUGAGCUACUCGAAAUGGAAGAGAUGGAUUCUGAAGGAGGCUCCGGUUCUCGCUCAAAUCAACCUGCAGAACGGUCCGGAUCUCCAGAGACACUGAGAGACUCCAACCACAAUGAAAAGCAUGUGAAGGAGCCUGCCAACCAGGUCCAGGGGCAGAGGGCGACUUUUUACAUCCCCUCUGACCAAAGUCCAGUCCACCAACCAAACCCCGAAAAGAAAAGGAGAGAGUCCACGUCCCGGAGGCCGGUGGUGGUUCUGAUCAGUAUGCAGAAGGAGAGUCCUGUGGAGGAGGGAGAGCUGCUGGCAGCCCAAACCCUGGACACAGCCUCCCAGACGGGACGAUCUGAUCCCAAAGUGACUCCCAUUUCAGGUGCAGCAACAGAAACAAAAAAAGCCCCACAUGGAAUUCUUCUCCAAGCAAAGAGGGAGGCUUCUGCUGUGGGCAAGUCCUCCAAGACUUCCUCUUCAGGGACUACUGGAGACCAACCAGAGGUGUCAGACAUUUGCACCUCAGAGGGGAACAUCCCAGCUGUCCCACAGCCAAAAUCCAGCCAAUCCGUUCUUGUUCCAAGUCAUCAGGAUAGGAAAAGCACACGGCAUGCAAAGGAUGCUCCCAGCCCGGUUCUGGAAACCAAACCACCGAAAGCCCAGAAAAAGAGCUCCAACCAGACUGUGAUCGUGAACAUGGUGGAGAAACCUUCCAGCACAAUCUCCACUCCGCCGAGGCGCAAGCUGCCGUUCUCCAAGUCAGACAAAGACCUGGUGAACCAGGAGAGAUCUCUGUCUCUGUCCAUGUACCGGGACGACCCUCGAGCUGAUGGAUCCAGAGGCAGAGCGGUGGGCCGCCCCGGCCCCAAAAAGAAAGCACGAAUGUCCCGGACGCGCUCCGACUUCCUCACCCGCUGUAACUCAGAGGGAACCACGCAGUCGGACGAUGACGACGAAUACUACAUCCCUGCCCAGUCCUGCACGCUGCCCCCCUCCCUGUCUCCCCCACGCGCCUACCUUGAAGCCAACUGUCAUAGCGACUCGGAGAUGGCCUCCCACAAAGACCAGAAGAAGAUUCAUAAAACCAUGUCCUCAGGGGACCUGGGCAAAGUGGACACCCUGAGAAAAACCCCCAGUCAGGAUGGGAGCAGGAUGAAGGGAAGGAUGCGAUUUUGGAGCAAAACGAAGAACAGUGAGAAAAAGCUGAGCAGAGAGAAGCAGGCCAGCAGAAGUGAAGCAGCAGAGUCUCAAGAAGGUCCGUCUCCUCCUCGCAGUCCAGACUUUGAGGUGGUUUCAAUGCAAGGCGUGCGGGACAGCAAAGAGAACAAAGAGCCUUCCCCCAAAACGAGGCGGCGCCGUAGUGUGAAGAUCAGCAGCAUCACUCUGGAGCCCACCCAGUGGCAGAACGACGCCCUGCACAUCCUCACCUCUGCCAGCGACUACCGCAGCAUGAAUGACUUUCUCAUGAAAAAGAUUGCUGACCUGGAUUCUGAGGACAGUAAAAAGGACACAAUGGUAGAUGUCGUCUUUAAGAAGGCACUCAAGGAGUUUCGGAUCAACAUCUUUAACUCGUACUCCACCGCUCUGGCUAUGGAUGAUGGGAAGAGCAUCCGCUACAAGGAUCUGUAUGCACUGUUUGAGCACAUUCUAGAGAAGACCAUGCGGGUGGAGCAGAGAGACUGGAGUGAGUCACCUGUGAAGGUGUGGGUCAACACCUUCAAGGUCUUCCUGGACGAAUUCAUGACUGAAUAUAAACCCAUGGAGGGAACCAUCAGCCGGGCUCCUAAACGGGAACGCAAGAAGUCCAGGAAAAAGGAAACUGACAUAGUGGAGGAGAUCAACGGCCACAUCUUCAAAUCCACUCAGUACAGCAUCCCCACCUACUGCGAGUACUGCUCCUCACUCAUCUGGAUGAUGGACCGCGCCUGCGUCUGCAAACUGUGCCGCUACGCCUGCCACAGGAAGUGCUGCUCCAAGAUGACCACCAAGUGCAGCAAGAAGUAUGACCAGGAGCUGUCGUCUCGGCAGUUUGGCGUGGAGCUGUCCCGACUGACCAGUGAGGAUCGACCGGUUCCUCAGGUGGUGGAGAAACUCAUCAACUACAUCGAGAUGCAUGGCCUCUACACAGAGGGGAUCUACAGGAAGUCGGGCUCCACCAAUAAGAUCAAAGAGCUCCGACUGGGGCUGGACACAGAUGUGAGCAGCGUGAGUCUGGAUGACUACAACAUCCACGUCAUUGCCAGCGUGCUCAAACAGUGGCUCCGGGACCUGCCCAGCCCCCUCAUGACUUUUGAACUUUAUGAAGAGUUUCUCAGAGCCAUGGGUCAGCCGGACAAGCGGGAGGUGAUCCGAGGAGUGUAUUCUGUUAUUGACCAGCUGAGCAGGACACACCUCAGCACGCUGGAGCGCCUCAUCUUCCAUUUGGUCAGAAUUGCACUGCAGGAGGAAACCAACAGGAUGUCUGCCAAUGCGCUCGCCAUCGUUUUUGCUCCCUGCGUCCUCCGUUGCCCCGACACGAUCGACCCUCUGCAGAGCGUCCAAGACAUCAGCAAAACCACAGCGUGUGUGGAGCUGAUCAUCAACCAGCAGAUGAGCAAGUACAAAGCUCAUCUGAGAGACAUCAGCAGUCUGGAGUUUGCAGAGGGCAAAGCCAAGAGCCGACUGACCCACAUUGGGAGGUCCAUGAAACCUGUACUAAUUGCUGUUAGGUUUAUGAGCAUUUCCCGCACUCCCACCUUGGCCAAAAGCCGCGCCCGGCAGAGCGGCUCCCAAGUGACCUCGCCUCCUUUGAGCCCCAAAGGCCCCCCUGUGGUUGAAGGGGGAACUGCAGGAGAAGAAGAGGACGCAGCGGAGGUCGGGUUGAGUGAGCAGCAGCAGCUGGCCAUGCAGCAAGAGGAGCGAAUACUGACCGAGCAGAUCGAGAGUCUGCAGAAAGAAAAAGAAGAGCUGACGUAUGAGAUGCUGAUCCUGGAGCCACGGGCGUCCGACGAUGACACACCAGAGUCUGAGGCAUCCAUCGGCACAGCAGAUAGCUCAGAGAACAUCACCAUGGAGACGGAGGGAGCCACAUCUGACCCCUCGGAGCGCAGCACCUUCCGAUCCAGGAAGUCUGAGGCAAAAAAGCGGCGAGCUCUGUGCCGCCAACCAGACUCCCAAGACUCUGCAGACUCCGCCUCCACCGUUUCCUCCUACCAGCUCUCCUCCUCCGUCUCCUCCAACACCUCCGGCUCCCCGAUGCCUCACUAUCGCUUCCGCUCUUCCUCCUCUGGACCCCUGCUCACAUCUGCUGGUUUGGGGGCCCCACUGGCCGAGGCAGAAGAGGGCCACAAAAGCAGCAAGACGCGACUCCGGCUCAGACUGAGCCGCAGCUCGCCGCGCGAGUCCUCAGGAAGCCACCGGAGAGAGUCGGACUUUGGCUCCGGGCCACAGCCGCUGGUUCUGUACGGCAACAAGGAAUUCAUGGUGUGACGAAGAGGAGGGCCGUCUUAGAACAGAACGGUGUAUUUAGGGGGGGGCAAGGAGAUCACCCUCAAACCCCCCAGUUCUGGCCUCAGUGAAAGCAGAAAGCUGUGAAAAUGGAGAAGUGAUGGAAAACUGGCACAGGACACAACAGCAGAUGGUCAGAGGCAGAGCGCUGACCGUCCAUGAGAGCUGCUGGUGGGGGGGGGGCAACAGGAACAGAAGGGAAGGCACACACAUCAGAAAACAUGCAAAGCCAAAUCCUACACAGCUGUUGUUUUUAGCAGGUGGUUAAAGCCACGCAGAAAAAAAUGUAGCCAUACUGACUGAAGCGGCAGACGACUUCUUGCUCUUUACGUUUACACGGAACGCACCAGCCCCCCUACCCCCCCCCCCCCCAACGCUAGGAUAAUGUUACAGCUGUAUGUUCAUUAUUAUUAUUAUUAUUAUUAUUAUGCAGUGGACUGAAAUGUACAUAGAAAGAAGGUCCAGUUCUGCUCCUGGUUGUUUAUUGAUUUAAUUCUACUUUCUGUUUUGUACAGUCAGAAAUUCAGGUUCCACUUUUGUUUCUGUUCUGCUCUACUUUCCCGGUUCUGAUAAAUACCAGGAAGAGAAAUUGGUCAUCCGUGCUGGUGGCGCCUCAGGUCAGGCGUGAACGGAACUCGAUGGUGAGUCAGGUGGAAGUGUUUAUUUCUUUUCUUGCCUUUUAUGCGCAGCCUUUGUUUUUCCCUCCUCUUGUGUUUAUCUCAGAAGCAUCAGUGUUACCGCGUCAGGACUUGAAUUUUUUUAUGUAUAUUGUUGCUGUAUUAUAGCUGUUAUUUUGGUUUUGAUGUAAGCCAUUUUUUUCUCUCCUGUGUGAAUGGAUGAGUGAGUGAAGUCUCGAUUUCGUACACCAGGAUACUCUAGGAAUGUUCGUAUAAGGAUGGGAAAGGUCUCCGUAGCAACCGUGUGACACUAAGUGACAUUAAAAGGAAAGGGGGGUUUCUUAAGUCUCUUGCACUCAUCCACACGCUUCAAAUCGUCCGUGAAGUCCGCUGAGCCACACUCUCUUCCUCCUUUUCUUCUUCUCCUUCAACUUAACAGUAGCUCUUCUAUCUUCUAUCCGGUUCUGGCUGUGAAAAGUAGCAUUUAAUCUGCCUGGUAACCAGACCUGUAGCAGCUUGCUCAGACCGUCCACGAGUUUCUGCACAGAACUGUUUUCUUCUUGUCUAUGUCCAAACUGCCUGUGAUGUUGACUUUGCAUUAAAAGCACUAAACCAUCUGCAUUCAGCAAGCUUCACUCUCAUCUUACAAAACAGUCUGCAUCAAUCCACUUCCUUUGGAAAGUGCAGGUCUCUGUGAAUGCAGGCGGCCUCAGCUGCUCUAAAUGAAGCAGGCGUGCAGACGUGCAGUUCUGCUCUCACUAACGUAUUGUAAAUGUAUUUAAGUCAGAACAAAAUGCAUUACCACUCAGAUACAUUCAUGUUACUCUUUGACGGGAUGUUUUGUUUUGUUUUUUGUUUGUUCAUAUGGCAUUUUUGGAGGGAAAAUGAUUAAAAAGUAUUUAAAAAAAUAUUUAUAAUAAAAAUACAAAAAAAUGAAUAAAAUAAAAAGUUCAUGUAACUGUCACUGGAAGGCAUGCUCUGCUUUCUCUGGUUGUUUUGCUCUUUGUUCCUCUUUUAUACACAGUGUAUGUAAACUAUUUAUGAUCAUGCUUUUGGGAUGUACAAAGAAUCUGUUAUAAAAGGAUAUAUUAUCCUGUAAACAGUUCCGUACUUAUUAUUCAUGGCAACAUUUUAACAGGCCACUCUGUAACUUCUUUUUGUGCUUCAAAGCAGAAAUAAAUCUGUCUGCACCACUUGGGACACAGUUAUGUAUGUAUAAGGUGCAAUUUGUGUUAUAUUUCUUUUCUUUUUUUUAUGAUAUCCACAUGCCUAUGGUUGUAAGAAAAAAA